GCCACAUCGAAGGACGAUGGUCCCACUCCUGGGCGCGCUGCUCCUGGUGCUGGCACUCCUCUCCUUCUGGAGACUGGCAAAGGGGAAAACAGAGCCCAGGCCCAAGUACCCUAGGAGCUUGCCCUCUCUGCCCAUCAUCGGGAGCCUGCUACAUCUGUCCAGUAACCCCCAGCUCCACCUCCUCUUCCACAGCCUGCAGAAGAAAUACGGCAGCCUCUACUCCCUGAAGAUGGGCUCCCACUACAUGGUGGUGGUGAACCACUACCUGCAUGCCAAGGAGGUGCUGCUGAAGAAGGGAAAGACCUUUGCCGGCCGGCCCCACACCGUGACCACCGACAUGCUGACCAGGGACGGCAAAGACAUCGCCUUCGCCAGCUACACCCCGCUCUGGAAAUUCCAGCGCAAGCAGGUGCAUGCGGCAUUCUCCCUGUUCGGAAAAGGGACGCUGGGCCUAGAGAACAUCAUCUGCCGGGAAGCUGCCUCCAUGUGUGAGACUCUCAGCACUUUGCAGGACACCCUCCUGGACAUGGCCCCGGAGCUCAACCGAGCCAUCACCAAUGUGGUGUGCUCUCUGUGCUUCAGCUCCUGCUACAGCCGAGGGGACCCCACGUUCGAGGCCAUGCUGCAGUAUAGUCAAGGUAUCGUGGACACGGUGGCCCGAGGGAGCCUGGUGGACAUCUUCCCCUUUCUGCAGGUUUUUCCCAACAAGGACCUGGCAUUGCUGAAGAGGUGCGUGGAGGUCCGAGACCAGCUGCUGCAGAAGCAGUUCAAGGAACACAAAGAAGCGCUGGGCAGCGACUCGGCCAACGACCUGAUCGAUGUGCUGCUGCGCGCCCAGCUCAACAUGGAGAACAACAACAGUCGGCUGGCCCAACCGCUGGAGCUGACGGACGACCAUCUCCUCAUGACCGUGGGCGACGUCUUCGGGGCGGGCGUCGAGACCACCAGCACCGUGCUCAAGUGGGCUGUGCUCUACCUGCUCCACUACCCGGAGGUGCAGAAGACGAUCCAGGAGGAACUGGAUCAGAAGAUCGGCUUCGAGAGACACCCCCAGCUCAGCGACAGGCAGCAGCUACCCUACCUGGAGGCCACGAUCAGGGAGGUCCUGCGCAUCCGGCCUGUCUCCCCUCUGCUGAUCCCACACGUGGCCCUUACGGACACCAGCAUUGGGGAAUACACCAUCCCAAAGGGAGCCCAGGUCAUCAUCAACCUCUGGUCCCUUCACCACGACGAGAAGGAAUGGGACAAGCCCGCGGAGUUUAACCCAGGUCGCUUCCUGGACGAGCGGGGCAAUCGGCUCUCCUCCCCCUCGCCCAGUUACCUGCCCUUCGGAGCCGGGAUCCGGGUGUGCCUGGGCGAAGGCCUGGCUAAGAUGGAGCUCUUCCUCUUCCUGGCCUGGAUCCUGCAGCGGUUCACCCUGGAGGCCCCCCCGGGCCAGCCGCUGCCGACGCUGGAGGGCAAGUUCGGCGUGGUGCUCCAAGUGCAGCCGUUCAAGGUGAAGGCCAGGCUGCGGGCGGCCUGGCAGGAUGGCGUGUAGAGCUGCCCGCACCAUGGACCCGGCCAGCCGCUCCAGGGACGCAGCGUGGGAGCAGCUGCAUGGGACAGGGCUCUGUCCAACCCCAGGGAUGGGUCUAUCCCCUGGACGGGCGAAAGGAGCGUUGGCUGGGUCAUCCUUUGGGCGGUGACGGGCCCAGUGGGUCAAACGCCCCAGGGGAAACCGCUGCUGGUGCCGGGGUGUCUGAGCCCCUGUAACGCCAGUCAAAGGCUGUGCCCUGGCUGCAGGGGCCAGGAUUUAGUGUGCUGCUCCCCCCUCAUUGCUCUGCCACGCCCCUGGGAGGGUUCAGUCCCUCGGGGGCCAGGCAGGGUGCAGAGGGCGUGAGUUGGUGGAGGGGCUUAGGGGACUAGCAGAGGCAGGUUUCCUGUUCCCCAGGAGCAGGUGGGGAAAACCCCCCAUAAAGGGGCCUCGGCCCUCAGGGACCCGGCUCAGCUCCUCAGAGGGCUGAAGCUUAUCACCCCAGCGCAGCUCCUGCCCUGUGCGGGGUGGGGAGGGCGCCGGGAGCUCCAGCCCUGCUCAGUUCCCCAGCCCAGCCUCAGUUACUGCAGCUUCAUCCCCUGCCUUGGGGUCUGGCCUGCACCCGUUUCCAGAGAGGCUCCCGCCUUCCCUCAGAGCAGGUGCCAGGUGAACAGGAGCAGGGCAGCCCUGGCCUGUUGGAGAGAGGUGGGUGAAACAGAAGAGCGGGCAGAGCUGGCCGGGGCAGACCCGCUUCUCUGACUGGCCAGGAUUUUCAAAGGGGGAUGGGCAUUCAGUUAACGAGUACAUUUGCUCUGUGGUUUAUGGCAAGUGCAGCCCCAGAUUCCCACACACUGGGAUCUGUCCUGCCGUCGAGAGGCAGCCUGGCCCAGUGGUUAGGGUGGCUAGCCUGGCACUUGAGAGACUGGCUUCAAUUCCCUGCUUCCCCCAUGGACUGCGUGAAAUUCAGCAAGUCACUUAGUCUCCCUGUGAGUUCCUUCCCGUCUGUACAAUGGGCAUAACAGCACUGCCCUACCACACAGGGCUCUUGUGAGACUGGGACGGGGCUCAGAUACAGUGGUAAUGGGGGGGCCAGAUAAAUCCCUUUUCCACACAGGGAGUUAUUCUGGACUAGUAGUUCCACUCUGAGUUCACACCCAGCCUUAAUCUAGAAUAAGAUUCAUGUGUAGACAAGCCCUUCGACAGACAGUAGCGUAAUUCACAGGUGUACACUACUGUAAAUCGUUGAUCUGCGUAUUACAUCCUCUCUGCCUGAUGUGCAGAGGAUAGAGGUCUGUUACAGCUCCCAGCUGCCCAGAACCCCCAGAGGAAGUCGCUGGUUCAAUCCCCACCAUCAGCCGAGAUCUUGCAGCCGUCAUGCUAACAGACACACACUGCCUAAAUUCAAAAGGGCCUAUUAACUUCCUCUUCCCCACACCCGGUUCAAAAAUAGGCUGUAGGUUUGUGCCCCACGCUGCUACCUGUAGGGAGAAGCUGUAGGAGAACUAGCUUCACGGGGUUCAAGCCAUGUAUUUUAGAAUAUAGAAUAUCAUAGAAGAUUAGGGUUGGAAGAGACCUCAGGAGGUCAUCUAGUCCAACCGCCCCGAAGGAUCAGGACUGUGGAAAUCCGAGAGCAGUGGUUGUCACCAGGUGCGGGGCGAGGUCAGCCUGGGGACAACUCCCCUUUUUCUCUUUUCAUCUAAUGGAAACGAGGGCAGCUGCUGCUGAGGUGUUUUGGAAAGCUGAUGCGGGCAGCUGCAACCCUGGGGGGCGGGUCAGGUGAGCUAGAGAAGCGUCAAUGUCCGGGAACAAGGCACUGGGGAGGCCUCGUCUGGAAUCCUGGGUGCAACUCCAGAAAGAUGAAUUCAGAGUGGAGCAGGGGCAGGAAAGGGCUGCGAGGACGGUCAGGGGACCGGAGAGCCUGUCUCAUAAGAGGGGACAAAAAGAGCCUAGGAAAACGAAGGCUCAGCAGGGCCCCGGCAGCUCGCUAUAAAUACAGCAGGGGAGGGGGGUAAACACCAGGGAGGGAGAAGAGCUUGUGCCGCUAGCGGGCGGUGCUGGCAAGGAACACACGGGGAUAAAGUAGCCAUGAACAAAUUCAGACUGGAAAUUAGUGGAAGGUUUCUACCCAUCAGAGCGGGGGAGGGUCUGGAGCCGCCUCCCACCAGGGAACAAACCCUCUAGCCAGCUUUAAGUGUAUGUGCUGGGGUUAGCUAGCAGGAGACUGGACCUGCUGACCUAGGAGGUCCCUUCCAGUCCUAGGCCCUGUGACGUUUGAGGGAGGGGAGCUUGUCCCAGACUGCAUCUGUCACAGCUAACAUCAUGUGGCUCUUCCAAAGCGCCCUCAGACCCCUCUCGCUCACUCCGAUGGCCCCGUAGCAACUGAGUGCCUCACAAUCCUCCAUGUGUUUGUUCUCACAGUCACUAUUAUCCCCAUUUUACAGAUGGGGAAACCAAGGCACCGGAAGACUGAGGCAGAGCAGAGCAUUUAACCCACUUCUCCUGAGUCCUGGGCUGGGGAUCUAAUCAGUAGGCCAGCCUUCCUCUUUCCUACAGCUUGUGCUCCUGUCCGCUUGCGGCCAUAAAAGGUUGACAAAAAUAGUUCUGCUGUGCCGAGCAAGUUCCAACCUGGGUCACUACAUUCUGUCUCUCCAUUCGCCCUGCUGUCCUAAUUAGCCAGGUCAGGUUGCCGUGUGCCGCUAGACAUCCACCAUGUUCCACCCAAAGGGCGGUGCUUUCAGUUAUAGGAGCAUGACUUUGGUCCCCAUUAUUUAUAGCCCAGUAGCACCCAGCAGCGAUCAGGGCCCCGUUGAGCUACAGCCAAUCCCUGAAAGUUCUGCCACUGGCAGCAUUAGCCCCAAUUUACAUAUGGGUAACUAAGGCACUGGGAGAUUAAGUGACUUGCCCAAGAGCCCACAGGAAGUGUGUGGCAGAGCUGGAAUCAAAGCCAUCUCUGCCCAUUCCCGGGCGGGAGCUUUAGCCACAAGCCCAUCCUUGCCCCCUGUAAAGUGUGUUGCUAUAUAAAUAAAUGGUAUUAUCACCUAGCUGCUGGUGCCUUUUAACAUUUACCCGGCCGCGAGCUGGCAUUUUCACUCUCUAUGGUUUUAUGAUCCACAGCGAUUCAGCAAUCUGGCUGGAUUACAGCAUGUCCUCAGUGAUCGGGAUAACCUUUUACUAGAGUAAAGAGUCUGUGUUUGCUCUCGCCGAAAAAACAGACUGUACAAGAGGGAGCCGUGCAAUUAGAUCCCCCCCCAUUACUUGAGCUCUUAAUAUUUAACUAACUAGCAACAAGGCAACAACUUAUAACUAGAAAAAAAAAAACCCAGCAGCAGCAGAGGGGGCAUAGAAAGAAACGAGUUCUUCCCCUGUAUUCAAAAACAGGAGCUAGUAUGAAAUAAAUAACAAACCACACAGAUUCUCCCCCCCACACCUCCGACUCCCAUAUGACUUUUUAUAGACAUUGACAGAUUUAAAAACAAUGUUUGUUAGGACCCCUUAGGAUGUGCGUUACUGACAACGUUACCCCAAUGAAACGAGAAUGGUUUUGUUAGCGUUGGAAACGGGAACUUUCACUUUAAAAAACAAUAAAAUCUUGUUUUAAGUUCUA